AUGGCCGAUGGCGCCCGGUCUCCUGGCUGCCGACGGUGCCAAGCGAACAACUGGACAGGACAGCUCAGCUCCAGGAAGGUGGCCACAGUCUCGGCCAGAGCAGCAGCCCCCCAGCCACAGACCUCCUUUGCCCCCCCAGCCAGGAGCCUUCCCACCCCCAUCAGCCUUGCCUGGGCCCCGCCACAGGGGCUGAAGAGCUGGGAGGUGGUGGCCACAGGGGCGGUGGUGUCUACAGCCUUGGGGCCUGUCCAGGCACGCAGGACCCUGCUCCGGGCAACUCUUCGGCCCCUCCAGGGCCAGGGAGGGACCCAGGACAACCCCAGCGCUCACCACUGUCUCUUCCUGUCCCUGAUACCGGGGCGAGGGCUCAGAAUGGAAGCCGCUGCUCCUGAGCCGAAUCCGCAGGCCAGACCAAGGGAGGUGGGGGACGGGGUGAGCGGAGCUCAAGAUAGCCAGGAGCUGAAGCAGCAGCUGCAGCCGUGGCCUGAGCCACCAGCCUCCUCCCAGCAAGAAGGGAAAUAUGUGGAGAUGUGCGCUGCCGGAGCCCAGAGGGAGAGGCCCCGGGCCAUGGAACUGAGUCCGGAGUGCUCAGCUGGGGACCCAAGGGCCUCCAGGAGUCCCGAGGAGGGAGCCCUAGACGAGCCCAGCAGUCCAGAGGGUAAGGCUCCGACCCCCCAGAGGAACCCUGCUUCUGUGGAGCUCACCAGAUCCCAGCUCUCCGGCACUGAUGGCAGCAGCGACUUCUCCUUCUCCUCCGCCACCUCCUCCCCGGUGGACAAAGCAGAAGGGGGCCUUUUCAAGGAUGAAGCCAGCACGUCAACAGGGGCUCUGGCCACCUCGUCCUCCUCUUUAGGCUUUGAGAGCGACAGUGGUGAGAGUGCAGGGAGCUGCCAGCCCAGGAAGGAAGCGGGAGAGGGAAAGGCAGGAGGAGGUGCAGGAGGACGAGGAGCAGCGGGGGCAGAAGCUGGGACAGAGUACAGGGACAUUAUUGCCAAGUCCCAGGGAAGCAGGGCCCCCCCCAAAUCCGAGGAGGCUCACUACAUCACCACCCACGAGAUCCAGCUGAGCGAGGUGGAGCAGGACAUGGAUUUCGACGUGGGGCUCGCCUCCCACUGGGAUUUCGAGGACAACAACGUGAUCUACUCAUUCGUGGACUACGCUUCCUUCGGUGGCAGCGACGAGACCCCGGGGGACAUCACCACCCCAACCGAAGAGGAGGACAACAGCUGCUACCUCAGCACCACUCCCAGCACCAGCGCCCCCCGGACGCCCAGCCCCUUCAGCAUGGCAGGGGCAGCCGCCGCCGCCAGCAGCUGUGGGAGUGCAGCAAGCCAGAUCCUCCUAUCAAUCAAGCCGACUUCCCGGGCUAUAAAUGAGCCUAGCAACGUGCGUGCAAAGCAAAACAGUCUUCACGCUGCCAAGCAUGAAGGCGACAUGAGCCUCCGCGGCCCCACAGCUGCCGAACACCGCUCCAGUCCCCCGAAGCAGGACCCGGCUGCAGCCGUGGCUCAGGACCAUGCAAAGAAAUUCAUCGCUGUCCCUGCUCGCCUGCAAACCCGCUGCGGGGCGGUGCGGGCCAAGGAGCUGGUGGACUAUGCCAGCGGGGCCUCCAGCGCCGUGAGCGAGCUGGACGAUGCGGACAAAGAGGUGGGUAACCUGACCUCCCGCGCCUUCCGGAGCCUGGCGUACCCCUACUUCGAGGCUCUGAACAUCAGCUCCCGGGAGUCCUCCACGCUCUCGGAGGUCGGCUUCGGGCGUUGGUCCACCUUCCUGGACCUCAAAUGCGGGGGCGUGGGGGCCCGGGUGGAGCAGAGCCUGCUGCGGAGCAGCGCGGCCUCGGUGGCCGCGGGGCUGCGCAAGGGCGGCGCGGCCAGGCCAGCUGCCGACCAGCUCUGCAUCCACGCCAGGAAGGCCCAGACCAAGGCCCUGGAGUUCGUGGUCAGCAAAGUCGAGGGCGAGAUCAAACAUGUGGAGACGCCUCUGUGUUUCCAGAAGCAGCUGCAGACGGGCUCCCGCGUGGUCACCCUGCUGGAGCCUCUGAAUCUGCGCAGCGACAGCAAAGCCAGCUCCAGCGCCAGCUCCGAGUACACGGUGCUCAGCGUGUCCGAUGCGGGUGCGGAGGGGCCCGUGGCGGGGUCCAAGUCCCCCAUCUUCAAAGCCAGCGCCCCUCGGGAGAGCCAUGCAGGCUCGGGCCGCAGCGCCGCCGAUGGACGCGCAGAGGAGGUGUGCGAGAUCAAGCAGAGCGCCUCCGAGACGGUCAAGGGCAUCUUCCUCCGCAGCCAGAACAGUGCGUUCAGGUCCUGGAAGGAGCGAGAGGCCGAGAAACGGGAGGACAAAGCCCCCGUGGGGAAGCUGAAGCUCCCCAAGGGGGGCGACUGGAGGGCUGAUCUCGGGGAGGUCUCGGCCAGCAAGUCCACCAUCAUGUCCCGUCUCUUUGUCCCCAACAUCCAGCAGACACCCAAGGAGAAGCAGCCGGGGAAACAGGCCACCAAGUACCCUGCGGCCCAGGCCACGUCCACGGCCGUGGUCGGGCCCAAGGCCCCGGAAAUCAAGAUCCGGUUGGGCAGCGUGCAGCAGCCAGGCUCGGACUUCAGCAUCGCCAAGCUGCUCACGCCCCAGCUGGCCGGCGGCAGCUCCUCCGGCCUCCUCAAGGCAGCUGAGGACAACGCCCGGGGCCCACAGAAACUCUUCCGGGGGGACAGCCUGGAAAAGGUGCCCCAGUUCCAGGUGAGGGACGUCAGGGACAAGUCCAAGGCCCAGGGCCCCCUCCACCAGGUGAGGGACGUCAGGAAGCUCAUCAAGGGGUCCGGAGACAGCAGCGACAAGGGCAGCGUGACCCCCGAGCAGGGGCUGAGCGGGCCCAAGCCCAGGCCGCUGGCUGCUGCCGCUGGCGCAUCCAGGUCCCUGUCCCCCUUGGUGAUCACGUGCCAGGCCGUGGUGAACCAGAGGGAGGACGGCGCGGACCGGGAGCUGGGGGAGAGCCUGGGCAGAGGGGGCAGCGGCGGCCUGAACCCCUCUUCGGCAGAAGGGACGGUCUUGGUUCACCGGGCAUCUGGGAGGCUGCCUGUGGCCACCAUCGCCCCCAAUAAGCCCGAGCAGGGCUCCUACCUGCCUGUGCUCAAGAUCAUCUCCAAGGCCUCUGCUCAGAAGACCCCAGAGAAGGCCAAGGACGAGGAGGCCAAGGAGGAGGGGAAAGGCCCCAAGCCAUCGCGGAACGCCCUGGAGAAGCUGACGGCCGCGGUGCGGUCUAUGGAGGAGCUGUACAGCUUCGACAGGCACGAGUGGAAGCGCAAAAGCGACCCCUUGCCCACGAUGACCGACAGCCACGUCCUGUCGCUCAUCGCUAGCGAGGAGAGGGGAGGGGCCGGCGGUGCCGAGGGGGACCCUGACAAGCUGGCCAAACGGCUGGGUGAGGUGGGAGAGCACGGCGCGGGCCACAAGGACGGAGUGGUCCUGCGUGCGGCCCCCUUGGAGCGCCUGCAGCGGAGAAACUCCAACCCGAGCUCCGAGAGCGUGUCUGCCCGCGCGGCUGCCUUCGAGAACCUGGCCAGGGAGCGGCCCCGAUCCCUCUAUAUUCCCCCAGCCCACAAAGAUGGGGAGAGAACCCAGCCCCUGCAGCCCCUGCCCCCACUCCCCAGCAACAGGAACGUGUUCACGGUGAGUGCCAGCAGCAUCCAGAAAACUGGGGGUGUCGCUGGCAAGUUCCCCCAAGGGCUUUCUCCAGAGAGUCCUUCCGCAACAAAGGGCAGCAAAUCUCAGGGACUCCGGUCCCUCAAGAUCUCUCCGGCCACCCGGGCACCGCUUGAUGAGGCGCCCAGCAGGAAAAAUGGCAGCAACUUGGUAAAGAGCAAUAGUGACUGUGAAAAUUACCUGACCAUCCCCCUUAAAGGAAGCUCUGCAGCUGGGCCUGGGGCCAGGAGGGAGGGGCCCCCAGCCUCCUCUGCAGCCACUCUCUGCAGCUUGCCCCCCCUGAGUGCUCGCAGUCAGGUCCCCAGUUGCCCCAAAGGUUCCCAGGUCAGUGGAACCAGCCGGCCAGCUUGGCCUAGCAAACCUGACAACCCACGGCAGUCGGUCGCUGCCCCCUCAGGGCCCCAGAGCCCCGGGCAUCCCCCCACUGCUAUCUACCACCAGCAGCCACUGCCCUUCCCCCUGCAGGGGGCCCAGCCCCAGGUCCUUUGCUUCUCCCCACCUGGCAUGCCCGCCCCAGCACCUGCAGGCCCAGCUCCGGUGCCCACAGAUGCCUUCCAGCAGCCACAGCCUCAGCAGACCCAGCGAAAGAUGCUCCUGGAUGUGACGACCGGCCAGUACUACCUGGUGGACACACCGGUACAGCCCAUGACCCGGAGACUGUUUGACCCCGAGACAGGGCAGUAUGUGGAUGUGCCCAUGACCUCCCAGCAGCAAGCAGUGGCUCCCAUGUCCCUCCCUGUGCCUCCCUUGGCCCUGAGUCCUGGGGCCUAUGGACCCACCUACAUGAUCUACCCUGGGUUUCUGCCCACAGUGUUGCCUACCAGCGCCUUGCAGCCCACACCAGUUGCUCAUACUCCAGGGGGGAGUGAGCUCUCCCAGAUGGCUGCAGAGAGCCCCAGCAAAGAGCCAGCUGCCAAGUUCACCGAGGCCCCAUACUUCAUGGCCUCUGGUCAGUCUCCCACCUCCGCUUCUUCCUCGGCCCCAGCAGCCACAUCCCAGCUGGUGGGGGCCAAGGGCUUCGCCCAGCUGCACAGCAAACCUGUCAUCAGCAUCACUUCCCAGCCCCUGGGGCCGAGGAUCAUCGCGCCCCCCUCCUUCGACGGCACCACCAUGAGCUUUGUGGUGGAGCACAGAUGAUGGGCAGUCACCAGGAAGCAGGACGGAGCCGCUGCUGGAGCAAGACAGAAAGAUGGACUAUUCUUCUUUAAUCUGAAGGUUGCAUUGUAACAGCACUAAGAAUUCAUCUGAAAAACUUCCUCUACAUGUGUUAUUCUUAGUUUUUGCUUCUUAUAAACCAAGAGUGUAAGUUUCUAUAUUUUCCUGAACAACGCUGUUAAGAAAGUUUGUGCUAUUUUAGUUUUACUAGGCUGAUUGAAUGGUUGCAUUAUUCCCCUGUAAAAAUCAUUUCUUUUUAUACUUAAUACAGGACAUAAGCUUUUUAUUUAUCUUUUCCUCCAUUUGGCUAGACAAAAUAGCCCUUAAGUAUUUUCAUAGUUCAAUCAAACCAUACAGCAGAAUGGGGUUUGUUCUAUUGUAAACCAACCAGUAAAUCAAUAACUUGGAAUUCAAAUCACCUUAUAGGUUCUUGGAAUACAUGAGGACUAGCUGGUAGAAUUGCAGCGCAUGCUUGGAUUUUAAAUAUGAUGGGUCCUCACUUUGAAUCAUAUA